CUUAUGGGAAGAUUAACAGUUCAAGGCAGAGCCGUAGUAGAUACUGUGUUUGCUGUCUUAGAUCCAGCUCUUCACUUGUCCAUCUGGUCAUGCGUCAAAUCCUUGAAGUGUCUUAUUUUAGAUCAUCAGGAUGCCAUUUUCUUAAAGUAUCUUAUCUAAUGUCAAGAUACAAUACAUGUAGUCUGCUUCUCCGAAACCAACUAAUGAGAUACAGAAUAUGAAGCAACUGUGGAAGGAUCAGAGUGCAGAAUACCAAAAAUCUAAUGACUAGAAAGAAGUUUAUUGAAGUGAAGCUUACAGAGUUGCAGUAUUCGGACGGAUUUGUAGGUGUGACACGUGAAAGAGUUAGAAGGGUUCAUUGUCGUGAUUUUGCAAUUUCGAAUUGUGCAAACAUGAUUUGCGUGAAGAGAAUAUGAGGGAUUCCUAGUAGGAAGUAUAUACUAGCCUACAUGAUAAUGUCAGAAGAGUACAUUCUUAUCUGGGAUUUCUGGUACUACUGGGUUGCACUGCACUUGAUGAAGCAACAUCGUGAAGGUAAAGUUUAUCCACCUCAAUUUCGAAAUAGUUAUUGCUAUCUCCUGUGCUAUAAAAAGUGAGUAUGGAAUUUUUUCAAGGUGAGAUGGGUGGUACUGCAACUGAAAAAUACACGUAGUAGUUAAUCGAUAUUAUAGUCAAUGAUCCAUAUGCAACCAGAAAACGUAGUAGUUACAUGGCGUCCUGAGAUACUGUCAACAGAAUGAAAUUUAUGUGUGCUCACUAAGUGGAAAAGAGAGCAGACUAUUUGGAAAUGCACUCAUAAGCUCUAUAGUCAACUAAACAAGUUUGACCAGAUGGAAGUAGAGACAUGUGUGACUUGAGCUGAUAUAAUGGUGCUUGACUAAGAAAAUGUAGCUGUGAUCAAGAUGUCAAGAAUUAAAGUCCCUGGGGCAAUUUAUUCUACUAUGACCGGAUCAAUAAAUAGUGCCUGGGUGUGCUAAGCCAAUGGUAUGUGAGGCAAAGGAAAGUAUGGGAGAAGUAGGAAAACCUGUGGUUGGUACACGAGCUCCUUCUGUAUCAGACAAGGAAGCAUUUUGAAGUCAUUUCCAAGAGGGAAAAGACAACUUCAGUUCUUAAAAUGGAGUUGGCUAUGGUUUACCAUGUUAAAUUCUCAUCUAAAGUGGCCAAACUUAAAAGUGGGGAAAUAUUUUGGUUCCUGUAAUUCAGGUCCAGAAAACACUAAUUAUAAAAUCAUUUUCACGUUCUGUGAUGGCGUUGGGUGUUGGAAAGGAAGCUGGCUGAUGGUGAAGUUUCUGAGGAAGAUCAAUAUAACCUUCUGAAAUACUUGGAGAAAAAAGAGACAGAGUAUAUGCGCCUUCAGAGACACAAAAUGGGUGUUGAUGAUUUUGAUCUUCUGACCAUAAUAGGGCGUGGUGCAUUCGGAGAGGUAAGAAUAUGUAGAGAAAAGACCACCGGGCAAGUUUAUGCGAUGAAAAAAUUGAAGAAAGCAGAGAUGCUUCGCAGGGGCCAGGUGGAACAUGUUAAAGCCGAAAGGAAUCUUCUUGCUGAGGUAGAUAGUACUUGCAUUGUCAAGCUCUACUGUUCCUUUCAGGACACAGAGUUCCUGUAUCUGGUUAUGGAAUAUCUUCCUGGUGGAGACAUGAUGACAUUGCUAAUGCGCAAAGAUACCUUGAGUGAGGAUGAGGCUAGAUUCUAUGUUGGACAGACAGUUCUUGCCAUCGAAUCUAUUCACAAGCACAAUUAUAUUCACAGGGAUAUCAAGCCAGAUAAUUUAUUGCUAGAUCGCUUUGGCCAUAUGAAGCUUUCAGAUUUUGGAUUGUGUAAGCCCUUGGAUUGUAGUAGUUUUCCACAACUUAGUGUGAACGACCCUGGUGUUAAACCUUCAUUGGAUAGUGAUAAGCAUUUAAAUGGGCCUAUUGCUCCAAGGCGAACACAACAGGAACAAUUGUUACAUUGGCAAAAAAAUAGGCGAAUGUUGGCUUAUUCCACCGUCGGGACGCCCGACUACAUUGCACCAGAAGUUCUACUGAAGAAAGGAUAUGGAAUGGAGUGUGAUUGGUGGUCACUUGGAGCAAUUAUGUAUGAAAUGCUUGUGGGUUAUCCACCUUUUUACUCUGAAGAGGCAAUCCUUACUUGCAGAAAGAUUGUAAAUUGGAGGACUCAUUUGAAAUUCCCCGAGGAAGCAAAGCUGUCUGUGGAGGCUAAGGACCUCAUCAGAAAAUUGUUGUGCAAUGUGGAGCAGAGACUUGGGACUAAAGGAGCUUAUGAAAUUAAAGUGCACCCAUGGUUUAAAGGCGUUCAAUGGGAUAGGUUGUAUCAGAUGGAAGCUGCAUUCAUACCCGAGGUUAAAGAUGAACUGGAUACUCAGAAUUUUGAGAAGUUUGAGGAGUCGGGGGAUCAAAGUCAAGCUCCAUCAAAAUCAGGUCCCUGGAGGAAAAUGCUCUCCUCGAAGGAUGUGAAUUUUGUUGGAUAUACAUACAAAAACUUUGAGAUUGUUAACGAGCAUCAUGUUCCUGGCAUUGCGGAGAUAAAGAAAAAGACUACUAAGCCAAAACGGCCAUCAAUCAAGUCUCUAUUUGAGUCAGACGGAAUUCCUGAGCAGCAAACAGCCCCAAGCUAUGUCAACCCUUUACCUACACAUUCUGAAGUUCCUGAGAUCCCAGAACCUUCAUGGAACUCAAGUAGACCUCCAAUUUAUCAGAACAAGCCUCGGCAGAGAUAAUUUACAAGGCAAAGCUUCUAAUUAGCUGUUCAUAGUGAAAGAAAAUAGAUACAGAGUAUAAGGAAAAGAAAAGAAGAAGAUACCGAUAUUUUAUUUUUGGUUUAUGGUUGAUUUGGUGCAAUAUGAGUCGUUGCUUGCUUGUUCUCUUAUCAGGCUCCUAUACAAGGGUAAUCCAUCCCUUUCUAGUAUAGAUAGAUGAAAGAGGGUGAGAAAGAAGAAGGAAAUGAUACACUUUACUCAGGUCUUCACAUGUAAAUUUGUUUGCAACUGUUGUGUCCCGUAAGCCUGUUUAACUUGUCCUAUAGAGAUUGUUCACUGCAUAAAAGAAAAAGACAACUACUCUUUGAUAUUCUUUUUUUUAGGGGUGAUAAUAAAUGUAAAGUACAUAAGACUGUUAUAGUGUGAUGGUUAGAACCCAGAGCUCAAGGCUUUUACUAUUAAGUUUGACAUGAAUCUAGAAGUUAUAAAUGUACAAGAGUUACGUUCUUCAUGUGAUUUUGGAUUUCCUUGAAGUCGAUAAAUGUAUAAGAUUUACUGGUAUAACUUCAAUAAAGAUUUACUGAUACUGUGUUA